CCUAUAAGAAUCCACGAACCCACCCCCCAACGAGUCUUAAAAGUGGCAGCACAUAAUAUAUCGCGGCGCGUAACGCUGAUAUCACAUUGAAUUAAUUUAUCAGGGUCAUGGGGCGUGGGGCUUGAGAAAUCCUCAUAGGUCCAGAUCCUUGCCUAUAUAAUAGCCAUAGCUAAUGACUAAUUUCUCUAAUCGGCCGAAGAGGGUGCCUCGGUCCCGACAGCCCAUCUUGCCACGGAAUUUAGCUCAGGCUGUCACCUGCAUCUUCACCCAAGGGUUGAAUCCUGAGACGUUAGAUAGGAGAGUCGAGGUCGUGGCGGCGGACCAUUUGGGGCCGGUAAGGAACACAAAGCUUACUUCCUUAAUAACUCGUAAUUGGAUUGUGAUGCCUGUCAGGGAAGUUCGAACAGUUAGUAGUCUCCAUCUAGUACCUGUGAAGAUGCGCAAAAACUGUGGGACAAUGCUACCGAUGAGUAUUCGUUUAAAACUUGCGAAUAGGAAAAUCCCAUCGAUUAGUUCACUGCCCCUUCGCAUGAGAGCUAUUAAAACACGAAGACCGAAGUCGCGCCCCGUUCUUCAAUUUCUACCUCUAGCAUCUCAGCUCCCUCCAUAUCAACUCUCUGGACAACCUACUUCUAUAUUGUACUGAAAUGGCGGAUACCGUUGUCAGAGACAGUCGCACAACAUUGUCAUCAACGGAGAAAAGGAGAACCAGAGUCCAGCUAUCUUGUACAGCCUGCAGAACUCGAAAGUAAGCCUGCCUCGCUGUUCAAUUCAA